CGCCGUAACGAUCGUAGCCAUGCUGAUUAUAUUCUGUUUGACAUUAAUAGUUUCCGCCUCGUGUUUAGAAUCUAGAAUAAUCGGAGGUAUAUCUACAACUAUCGAUAAGUAUCCAUACCAGGUUUCUCUCCAUUAUAAUGGUAAACUUAUAUGCGGGGGUUCGAUAAUUAGCAAACAAUGGAUCUUAACAGCAGCACACUGCGUUUAUGGUAUGAACUUAUCGCUUUUUAAAGUCCGAGUAGCGAGCAGUUAUCAUGAUGAAGGAGGUAUUCUAAUCACAAAUAUUUCCUCAAUUAUUCCGCAUGAAUGGUAUGAUGAGGAUACUUACGAUUACGAUGUCGCUUUGAUCAAAUUAAUUACUCCUUUAUCCUUGGGUCGAAACGCAAAAAUUAUUAUUUUGGCAACACCACCAAUCAAUAUUAAAACUGGUAGCAAGGCAAUUGUUUCGGGAUGGGGAAAGACGUCGACGAACGGCGAAAGUUCCAAGGUACUGCAAACCUUGACGAUUCCAAUUAUUGAUCAAGAAGUCUGCCAAAAGAUAUUCGCUCGUUAUCGAAUAGUGACAGCCAAUAUGCUUUGCGCCGGUGACACUACCGGUGGAAAAGACACUUGUCAUGGAGAUUCUGGUGGUCCACUCGUGUACAACAAUGUCCAAAUUGGGAUCGUGUCCUGGGGCGCUCAAUGUGCGAGUCCUGGAUAUCCUGGGGUGUACACGCGAAUAUCCACCAUACGGAGUUGGAUAACUAAGCGAGCAAACGUGUAGCAAAAUUAAUUUCUUCCCUCUCAGUCCUCCUUCCAUCAAAAAAUAAAAAAAGAUAACGUAUCUUUGAAAAAUUAUUUGCUUUUGUGAUAAAUAUAAUAGAUUACACCCCACCAAUUUUUCCACUGCUUAAGUAUAUUGUAGAGAAGAUUAUUCUGAGUAAUUUUCCGCAAAAAUCAAGUUAGAGAUGGCAUUGGUUUAGAAAAACAUUGAUUUAACAUACUUAUACGGCGAAAAGUAUGAUCGAUAAAGUGUGACCUAUUAACUUCGAACAACAUUAUGAGAAAGAUAUGUACGAAUUGCACAAUAGCAGAAGGUUAGAAAAUAUCUAAAAGUGGAAAGAAAAAAGUGAGUUUGCGAAAUUGUGUAAUAGUAAAACAAGAAUUAAAAAUUGCA